AGACAACAAGCCAGGCCCCGAGUGAUGCCCCUGAGCUGAGCGCCCACGGCCCCAGCCUACCCCAUGGAGAAAGGACUUGCUUUGCCCCAGGACUGCCGGGACUUUCUGCACAGCCUGAGGAUGAGAAGCAAAUAUGCCCUUUUCCUGGUUUUUGUGGUGGUGGUUUUUGUCUUCAUUGAAAAGGAAAAUAAAAUCAUAUCGAGGGUCUCGGACAAGCUGAAGCAGAUCCCCCAAUCCCUGGUGGAUGCCAACAGCACGGACCCGGCCCUGGUCUUGGCCGAGAACGCAUCCCUCUUGUCCCUGAGUGAGCUUGAUUCAGCCUUCACGCAGCUGCGGAGCCGCCUGCGAAACCUCAGUCUGCAGCUGGGGGUGGAGCCCGGGGAGGGGGAGGAGGAGCCACCCCAACCCGCCCGGGCCCAGCCCCGGCGCCACGUGCUCCUCAUGGCCACCACGCGCACCGGCUCCUCGUUCGUGGGCGAGUUCUUCAACCAGCAGGGCAACAUCUUCUACCUCUUCGAGCCGCUGUGGCACAUCGAGCGCACGGUGUCCUUCGAGCCGGGAGGCGCCAACGCGGCGGGCUCGGCCCUGGUCUACCGCGACGUGCUCAAGCAGCUCUUCCUGUGCGACCUGUACGUCCUGGAGCAUUUCAUCAGCCCGCUGCCCGAGGACCACCUGACCCAGUACAUGUUCCGCCGGGGCUCCAGCCGCUCGCUCUGCGAGGACCCCGUGUGCACGCCCUUUGUCAAGAAGGUCUUUGAGAAGUACCACUGCAAGAACCGCCGCUGCGGCCCCCUCAACGUGACGCUGGCCGCCGAGGCCUGCCGCCGCAAGGAGCACAUGGCGCUCAAGGCCGUCCGCAUCCGGCAGCUGGAGUUCCUGCAGCCGCUGGCCGAAGACCCCCGGCUGGACCUGCGCGUCAUCCAGCUGGUGCGCGACCCCCGGGCCGUGCUGGCCUCCCGCAUGGUGGCCUUCGCCGGCAAGUACGAGACCUGGAAGAAGUGGCUGGCCGAGGGCCAGGACCAGGUGAGAGAGGAGGAGGUGCAGCGGCUGCGGGGCAACUGCGAGAGCAUCCGCCUGUCGGCGGAGCUGGGCCUGAGGCAGCCGGCCUGGCUGCGCGGCCGCUACAUGCUGGUGCGCUACGAGGACGUGGCCCGCAGGCCCCUGCAGAAGGCCCGGGAGAUGUACCGCUUUGCAGGCAUCCCCCUGACGCCGCAGGUGGAAGACUGGAUCCAGAAGAACACCCAGGCGGCCCGGGACAGCAGCGGCAUCUACUCCACACAGAAGAACUCCUCGGAGCAGUUCGAGAAGUGGCGCUUCGGCAUGCCCUUCAAGCUGGCGCAGGUGGUGCAGGCCGCCUGCGGUCCCGCCAUGCGCCUCUUUGGCUACAAAUUGGCAAAGGAUGCCGCCACCCUCACCAACCGCUCUGUCAGCCUCCUGGAGGAGCGUGGCACCUUCUGGGUCACGUAGGGGGCCUGGGGCCACGAGCACCCCUCCUUGUGGAAGUCCCGCCCUGCCUUCCUCACACCCAGGGCGGUGGUGAGAGGGCCGCGCUCGCAGACGGCGGGCAGGGGGCCGUGCAGGGAGCCGGAAGCCCCUCCGCUAUAGAAGUAGGCCCCUAGCCAGCUAGCUUCCCCGCUGCAGCCGUGGGCCUGAGGUUUCUCGCUGAAAACAGGACAGUGCCUGGUCCCCUUGAGGGCCAUCAAACCCAGACCUAAGGGGCUGCGGUCUCCUGCACAGGUCCAGGUGGGCCCGGGGCCUAUUGACAAGGCUUUCUCU